AUGCAGACACUCAUCACCUCCUCCACCUCCGCCCCCUCCUCCGCCCCCUCCCCCGCCCCCUCCUCCGCCGACACGCAGGCAACAACAUUCAAUGUUCCAGGCCUUGGACACGGCCUUGGACACGGCCUUGGACACGGCCUUGGACACGGACUCGGACACGGCCUUGGACACGGCCUUGGACACGGCCUUGGACACAGCCUUGGA